GCAGAAAAGAAGCUGCGUUUUUUGAUAAACCAGUCGAGUUUUGGAACUAUUAGAUGGCGACACUAUACGCGCUGGUUGCGCGUGGAUCGGUGGUGCUGGCGGAGUUCACUGCGGCGUCGACGAACGCCAGCGCCAUUGCCAAGCAGAUCCUAGAGAAAAUACCGGGAGAAAACGACACUCACGUUUCGUAUUCACAAGAUCGCUACAUCUUCCACGUCAAACGCACUGAUGGACUCACCGUUCUUUGUAUGGCUGACGAAAGUGCCGGAAGGCGAAUUCCUUUUGCAUUUCUUGAAGACAUUCAUCAGAGAUUUGUGAGAACUUAUGGCCGAGCAGUAUUUUCAGCUCUACCCUAUGGCAUGAAUGAUGAUUUUUCAAGGGUAUUGAGCCAGCAAAUGGAAUACUACUCGGGCGACCCUGGUGCUGAUAGGAUAAAUAGACUAAAAGGAGAAAUGAGUCAGGUGCGAAAUGUUAUGAUAGAGAAUAUUGACAAAGUUUUGGAAAGAGGUGAUCGGUUAGAGUUGCUGGUUGACAAAACUGCUAACAUGCAAGGAAAUACCUUUCGCUUUCGGAAGCAAACUCGCCGAUAUAGAAACACUGUAUGGUGGAGAAAUGUUAAGCUUAUGAUUGCUCUAAUAAUCCUCCUCCUAAUUGUUGUUUACGUCGUGCUGGCUUUUGUUUGCUAUGGGAUUACGCUACCUACAUGCCUAAAAUGAGGUCAAAGAGUUUGAGAUUCAAACACCUUUAGAAUUUGAAAUUGUUUGGUGGCUGCCUUUUGAAGGCAUAGCUUCAUGACUUGAAUUCUACUGUGUUAUUCUGUGUUAAAAAGUCAU